AUGUCCAGCGCUCCUGCUCCGAUCGUCGUCCCUGGGCCCGUUGGAUUUGUCCUCCCUGGUGGGUUCGAUCUGUCGAUCGACCUGGAUUUUCUUACUGGAUGGUGCGACUGCCUUAAACCCCUUAGCCAAGAAAUCCAAAGAGUGAUACAAGAGUACAGAGCUAUGGGUCAAGGUACUGAAGGACCAGCUCUCUGGCUGGUAGACUAUCGAGAGGAUCUUCGGAUCCUAUUCUUUACGGCGCUUGAUGGAGUCCCUGAGCUCCAAACCGAUCUGGCGGCUCGCGUGAGAGCCAAAUUCCGUGAUUACGAUGCGUGGCGGCGUGGGUUGGCCCCCGCGCCGGAAUAA